CUGGACAUGCACACAACAAAAGCUUCCCCAGUUAUCGUGAUUAGACCCAUUCCCGAGGCUUACAUCACAUGCUACAGCCGUGGGCGAAGCCUUGUCUUCUUAUUUGUACAACAGCCAUUUGAUCUGCUGCUGGGGUUUCUGAGUGUUGCGCAAGGUCCUGUAUUAGUCAGCAUGAGCUUAGAAGUCGAAAGCAUAGCCGCCGUCCUCUCCCGAGUUGCGCCAUCCACCUUCUAGACUCCUUCGUUACUGUUGUUGUUUCGUCUUCUUCUUCUUUAUACAUAUUUUUCGAGUAAUCUGUGAGUGUGUGUAGCUUUCAGUAGAACUCCGAAGUGGUGUCUGCGGGGGAUUGAGUUAGUUGUCCAGAGGUGACGAAGAAGUCUUCUUGUGUUUGGGUUUUCCUUUCCUCUGUCGUGGCUAUUACUGUUCCUCUCGACCGCGUUCACAUGAAACAUGUGAUGGUUUCGUGACUGGAAACGUGUUUGUAACAGUUUGUUCUAGUGGACGCAUCGUGAUUGCUAGUCACUUCUGCUUCGUUUCUCGCUCGGUCUCUCGUUUCGCCGUCAUUUUAGUGCAGCUGGACACGUCGAGCCUCUCUGUUUAGCAUGUCAUCCUCACUACAUGAUUUGUUGUUGCCGGUUUCGUUGUCUGGCCGUGAUUCAUAAUCUACUUCUGGUUGCAAUUGUUAGAAUUAUUAUUUGUGCCGAUUUUGUGUUUGACUUCUACGAGAGUCGGAAGAUGUGUUAGAAGCCGCAUUGGGAAAAUGAAUACAGCAAUCUAGUGGGAAUAGGUGCAUUAGCCACGACAUACGAAGAAGAUGCGCGUUGUCGAGUUUGUGGCAGUGUUGAGGAGAGACGAGAUAAGGUGGAAGUUAUGGUGCAGCCAUGGCGUAGGGCUAGAUGUAGGAGAGUGAAAAUGCAGCUUGCGUUUAAGGCAGUUUGAGGCCGUGGCAGCUGCCAAUGGUUGUAGACAGGUAGUUCGUGGAUUUGCCUCAGUAAACGGAGUUGGUGACUAAGAAUCUGGUGCUCGAGAUCCGGAGAAGAUUUUAAUCUUUUUCUUUAUUGUCUUCUCUUUCCUCUGUUUCGAUCAGUAAAGAAGCUCCUCUUUUAAUUGGCUUUAGACUGCUGGAACUCAAUGCAACAUGGCCGUUUCACGAGAACCAGAGGAUGUUAUCAUUUCCAGAAACGGAUCAGUGCUUGGCAAGAAAACAAUCCUUAAGAGUGAUCACUUCCCUGGUUGUCAGAACAAGCGCUUACUGCCUCACGUGGAAGGAGCUCCCAAUUACAGACAGGUGGGAAACAAGCCAGUCUAUGGCGUGGCCAUUCCAACUGUUGAUGGCAUACGCAGAAUUCUAGAGCUGAUAGGAGCAAGUAAGUAUGGAUGCCAACGAGUCUUGUGGCACAACCUGCGGGAGGAACCGGUUAUUUAUGUCAAUGGUCGCCCAUUCGUCUUGAGAGAGGUGGAACGACCUUUUUCAAAUCUCGAGUAUACUGGAAUCAACAGACAAAGAGUUGAGCAGAUGGAAUCUCGCCUCAAGGAAGAUGUUCUACUGGAAGCAGCGAGGUAUGCCAACAAGAUCAUGGUUAGUGAUGAGCUUCCUGAUGGUCAGAUGAUAGAUCAAUGGGAGCCAGUGGGCCCAAACUCUAUUCAAACACCUUUUGAGGUUUACGAGAGUCUACAGGCAGAAGGUUACUUGGUCGAUUACGAGCGAAUUCCUAUCACGGAUGAAAAGUCACCGAAAGUGCGCGACUUUGACUCUCUGGUGCAGCGUCUUUCGCAAGUUGAAUUUGGCACCAAGCUGGUAUUCAACUGCCAAAUGGGCCGCGGUCGCACUACUACGGGCAUGGUCAUUGCUACUUUGAUUCAUUUUAAGCGCAUGGGGGCUUCAGGGCUUCCUCGGUCAAGUUCGAUGGGAACGAUUCAUGAGGCGAGGGAUGAAAUGGUAUAUGACGUACCAGACACCGAAGAGGCUCUGAGAAGAGGAGAAUAUGCUGUAAUUCGUAGUCUUAUCCGGGUAUUGGAGGGGGGAGUAGAAGGGAAACGUCAGGUCGAUAAAGUUAUUGAUAGCUGCUCAGCAAUGCAGAACUUGCGGGAGGCCAUUGCCAGUUAUCGAAGUAGUAUCGUGAGGCAAGCUGAUGAGAAAAAGCGGGCGGCAGGACUCUCAUUCUUUGUGGAGUAUUUAGAGCGAUACUACUUCCUCAUCUGCUUCGCUGUUUACAUUCACACCGACAAAACUUGCUUGGGCUCUACACACCGACCAGGUCAAGGCGGUUUUGAACAGUGGAUGCGCGAUCGGCCAGAGCUCUACAGCAUUCUUCGCAGGUUGCUGAGGCGGGAUCCAAUGGGUGCGUUAGGUUACAGUAACACCCCAGUGGGCACUAUCAAAAUGCCUUCAAAAGUUACAGAUGGGCGUCCCAGCAGGAUGGAAAAUGUCGUGGCCAGCAGGAAUGGAGAAGUUCUAGGGCGGCAGACAGUGCUCAAAAGUGACCACUGUCCUGGUUGUCAAAACCAGUUUCUUCCAGAGCUAUUGGAAGGUGCUCCUAAUUUUAGGGAGAUCGACUGCUUCCCCGUGUACGGCGUUGCGAAUCCAACAGUUCAAGGUAUUCAUGCUGUAUUGGAAAGAGUUAGCGAAGGUAGCAAUGAGCGACCUGUGCUAUGGCACAAUAUGAGGGAGGAGCCUGUGGUAUAUAUCAAUGGGAAGCCAUUCGUCCUGCGCGAAGUUGAGCGUCCCUACAAGAAUAUGCUUGAAUAUGAAGGCAUAGACACGGCAAGAGUGGAGCAGAUGGAAGCUCGAUUGAAGGAUGACAUUCUACGGGAAGCUGAGCGCUAUUCAGGUGCUAUAAUGGUAAAUCAUGAGACAGAGGACGGGCUCAUUUUUGAUGCGUGGGAGCCUGUUGGUCCGGGUGUUGUUCAGACACCCCUAGAAGUUUUUGAGUGCUUGAAAGCCGAAGGUGUCCGCGUCGAAUAUGGCAGGGUUCCUAUUACUGAUGGCAAAGCUCCUAAAAGUUCCGAUUUCAGUGCUCUCGCCGCUCGCAUUGCAGCUGCUCCUAGGGACACGGCCUUCGUCUUCAACUGUCAGAUGGGGCGAGGUCGCACUACAACUGGGAUGGUGACAGCGUGCCUGGUACUUUUGCGACUCGAGAUAGGAUUCCUACAGAGUACGCCUGGUUUACCCCUACAAAAGGUGGAACCAGAGAGCUGUUCAAGUAGUGGAGAGGAGGUAAACAUUGACACACAUGUGGAUAGGCCAGCGAACAGGUUUGAGGAUCAAAAUUGUGUAGCUGGAUUUGUGAUGGAUGAUAUUCCAAUUGUUCGGAAGAUAACGCGCCUUCUUGACAAUGGGGCUGCGUGUCGGGCGGCGUUGGAUGCUGUAAUUGACCAUUGCGAUGCUAUGCAAAAUUUGCGGCAAGCUGUUUUGCAUUAUCGACGGGCAUUCAAUGAUCAAAAGCUGGAGCAUUAUGCUCGCCGUGCAGCUUUGACCAGAGGUAUCGAGUAUCUGGAGCGAUACUUGAUGUUGAUCGGUUUCGCUGCUUAUUUGAACAGUGAUGCUUCUGAUGGUUACUGUCGAGGUGGUUCUGGAACAACUUUCAAGGCCUGGCUUCAUCGUCAUCCUGAAGUGAAGCAAAUGAAAUGGAGCAUGCGAUUAAGACCAACUCGUGUGUUUACUAUCAAUGAGAUGGAGUUCAAAACACAUGGGGAGAACAAUCUGGAAGAUUCUGUAAUGGAAGCUGUUGUGAAGUCGCGCAACGGGUCGAUAUUAGGAAAACAUUCUAUCCUCAAGAUGUAUUUUUUCCCUGGGCAGAAGACUACUUCAGAUCAUGUUCCGAUUACUGGUGCUCCUCAUGUUUGCAAGGUGGAGGGAUUUCCUGUGCACAGUAUGGCUACUCCCACCAUAGAAGGGGCCAAAGGUGUUUUAAGUCAUCUCUUAGCCGAACCAUCAUGUGGGAUGCAGCGUAAAGCUGUUGUGACGGAUUUACGCGAAGAAGUAGUGGUGUAUAUACAUGGUAAUCCAUUCGUUCUUCGCGAAGUUGAACAGCCUGCUAGCACCUUAAAACACGUUGGUGUGAAAGGUCAUGUGGUUGAACAAAUGGAGAGCAGGUUGAAGAACGACAUUAUUGCAGAAGCUGAGCGCACAGGAGGUCGAAUGCUUCUGCAUAAGGAGGAGUAUAACCCAAUUACUGGUCAUUCAGACAUCAUCGGUUAUUGGGAAGUCAUCAGUGCUGAGGAUGUUCAAACCCCUGCUGAGGUGUAUGCCGGUUUAAGACAAGAGGGAUACAAUGUUGACUACCAGCGUGUUCCCCUUACUAGGGAAAGGGCUGCUUUGGCUUCUGAUGUUGAUGUCAUUCACCAGCGCUUGGAUGAAGCUGGCCCUGGGGUGGAGUACUGUUUCAUAUCACAUACAGGAUUUGGAGGUAUCGCGUACGCAAUGUCUAUGACCUGCCUUAGGUUGCAAGCUGAACUGCAAUUGACCAGCUUAUCUGUAUCAUCCUCAAAGUCUGCUGACAUAAAUAGUCCUCAUUCAUUGGCAAACAAUAGGAUGGUCCCAAGGCCUGCCAAUGAUACGGAGGCCUUUCGACAGGGAGACUACCGUGAUAUUUCGAGCCUUACUCGAGUUUUGGCCAGUGGGCCAGCUAGUAAAACCGAAGUGGAUGUAGUCAUUGACCGAUGCGGUGGAGCUGGGCAUUUGCGAGAUGACAUUUUUGAGUACAAGGUUCAGUUGGAUAGCUUUUCUAAUGCAGAAGAUGAACGUAGAGAUUUUGUCCUUGAUAUGGGUAUCAAUGCCCUCAGGAGGUAUUUUUUCUUGAUAGCUUUCAGGUCGUAUCUUUUCAACAGGGUUGCUUUUCAUGGCAAUGCUUGCGCAGGCGAAACCUCAUUCAGUGCUUGGAUGAAAGCUCGGCCUGAGCUUGGUCACCUUUGUGAUAACCUCAAGCUCAAAUGAUAAUCUGUGAGCUUGCAGCUAUCUCCGUAUGGAAAAUAGUUUGGGGUAUCUGCACUUAUUGUUAAGGUGUGCUUGGUUUUAGGACUUGGUCCAAGUGUACAGCUUUUGUGUCUCUUAUUAGUUGAAACCAGGUUUCGCUGGUGCCUCCGUGAAGCAGAGAAUUCAUGUAAGCUAAGGAUAGAUUAUUCAAGAUUAUUAGUCAUAGUUUAUGUAUUAUUUGAAGCAAUCAAUUGCGUGGUUGUUAGUGUUUACUUCAACUCCAGUUCAUAUCUAAAAAGGUUGCUUAUUUCCAACAUUGUACACAUUCAGAAAAGAAUCCAGGUAUGAAUCCAUGUGUAAGAA